GAUAUUUAACCGGGCGGCGGAGUGUGUCAGAGGGAGCGGAUCGGAGCGGGUUAGGGCGGGAUGUGCGASCGGACACCUCCCUUGGUGCGGACACGGCGGUGCUGACCCCGCACCGGCCGCGGUCAGGGUGUCCCGGCGCGGCUCCGGCACCGCCCCAGCGCCCGCCUUUAUUUAUUCCAUCUCCCCUCACCACCAGAAAGUGCUUUCGCUUCGGAGUUACCGUGGAUUUGGGUCAGAGCCGCGCCGAGGGAGCCCGCGCCGACYGAUUCUUGGGAGGCUCUGGGACAUUUGAAAGUGAUUUGGAGAGAGCAAAGUCUGUCCGAUGGACACGGAACCCCAGCCGGCGUGUGUGGUGCCCCAGGCUCCCUGCCCAGGAAUGAAGUGCUCUCCUUCAGAGGACUUUUCUCCUCAGAUGAGGCUGUCUGAAAGGAUCCCACCAGUGAAGCCUUGCUUCAAGAAGAAGCAGCAAGUGCAGAAGAGACUGGACACACAAACUCUGCGGGCUUUGCGGCCGAUCUUCAGCAGCCUGCUGGGAGCUGGCACCUUGGAUAGRGUCUUUGUGCCCCGAGGCCAGCGUGGUGGCCAUGGUGAUUUAUGUGAACCUGCUGUGAAAAAGACUCUGGACCUCGGUACCUCUUGCCCUCAGACAGAAAAUAAUGUGACUGUGCUGAUGCCAGCAGCUCCAGAUGUGCAGGGUCAAUUGCCAGGAGCUCGUCCUUCCCCCGGGCAUCCUGAGCAGGACRUCCAGUCAGGAGACAAAGGUUUCUCCCCAGAAACUCCUGGAACUGCUGCUGAUAAUGGUAAUGAAUCAUUCCAGGAUCAUCCUUUGCACCCAAGUGCUAGUGAUGGUGCAGCUUGUCCUUUGUUCCCUGACAAGAUUCUGGAAAGCUACACAUCUGGCUUAUUCCAGGAGAACAGCUGUCCAAUGCAAUACAACUUGACCCCAAGCAAUAAAUUCAGUGCUGGGAUAUUUCAGGAUAAAAGUGAAGAAGCUUCCCUUGAUCUGGUGUUUGAGCUCUUGAACCAGCUGCAGUAUCACACCCACCAGGARGACGGGAUUGAAAUCUGUGUGGAUUUUCUCCAGGGCACUUGUGUUUAUGGCAGUGAUUGUCCCAAGCAUCACACWGUGUUACCCUAUCACUGGCAGGUGAGGAGGACAGCAACCCAGAAGUGGCAAAGUGUGACCAACGAUUCCCAGGAGCAUCUGGAAAGGCUUUACUGCAACCCUGACAAUGACAAGAUCAAAGUCAAGUAUCGGGGCCAGGAGUUCUGGGUGGAUCUGAACCUGAUGAAGUUAUAUGAAAGUGCAGAGUUUGACCAAAUGCGGCGCCUGUCCACAGCCUCGUGCCCCAGCUCCAGCUCCAGCUGCUACACGGUGUGGAAAUACUUCUGCAGGGACCACUUUGGCUGGAGAGAAUAUUCUGAGCCGGUGGUGAGGCUGAUCGAGGAGGCGAGCUGCCGCGGGCUGCGCGAGGUGCGCUUCGUCACCUGGCACAACCAGUACAUCCUCAACAUCAAGGAYGGCUUCCAGCAGAACUCCUGCUUCCGCAGGGAGAUCAAGAGGCGGCCCCUGCUGCGCUCCUGCGUGCUGCUGAUGCCCUUCCUGCAGACCCUGGGUGGCAGCUCCAUGGUGCCCUCGCCGUGCCCUGACCCUGCCACCGCACACGACCUGUCCCCAGCUGCUGUCCCCUCUCCCAGCUUCUACCCUGAGACCUGGAUUGGGAUGGAUCCAGCUCAGGACUUCAUCCAAGUGCCUGUUCUGAAGGAAGACAAAAGCUAUAGAACCAUCUAUAACCUGUUCCACAAGACUGUGCCAGAGACCAAAUACAAGAUUUUGAAAAUCCUGCGAGUGCAGAACCAGUUCCUCUGGGAGAAAUAUAAAAGGAAAAAGGAAUACAUGUCCAAGAAGAUGUCAGGGCUGGACAGGAUCAUGAACGAGCGGCACCUGUUCCACGGCACCUCGCAGGACGUGGUGGACGGGAUCUGCAAGCACAACUUCGACCCGCGGGUGUGUGGCAAGCACGCCACCAUGUUUGGCCAGGGCAGCUACUUUGCCAGGAAGGCCAGCUACUCRCACAACUUCUCCAAGCGCUCGCCCAGGGGCGUGCACUUCAUGUUYCUGGCCAAGGUGCUCACGGGCCGCUACACGGUGGGCAACCACACCAUGAGGAGGCCGCCGCCCGUGGAGCCCGGCAGCAUCACCAGCGACCUGUACGACUCCUGCGUGGACAAUUACUUCGAGCCCCAGAUCUUUGUCAUCUUUAAYGAUGACCAGAGCUACCCCUAUUUCAUCAUCCAGUACGAAGAAGUCAGCAGCACCGUGUCCAUCUGACAGCCUGCGCUGCUCUGGUGCUACCCAUCACAAACUCUCGCCUGGCAGCAGUUUGUGGGGGGGAAAUAAAAUCUGGACACUUCCUAACUGGUGGAAUGACUUGGAAGGAAGGAAAUCUGAAGUGACCAACUGUGCACUUGCUGGUUGAUUCCCUAUGUGGAAAUUUGUACAUAUUUUUCCAUUGUUUAUAGUUGAAAAUCCGUGCCUUUUGUUAUAAAACACUGUUUAUUUAUGUUAGUAAAUAUUCGUGUUU